AUGUCGCAGAUUGCCCUUUGCCUCGCAGCCGGAGCCGUCGCGCUCCUGGCUCGCUUCAGCCCUGCAGCCUUUGCUCCAGCAGGCUUCCAGGUGCAAUCUGGGCUGCAGCAGCCGGCGCAUGGUGCAGGGCUGAGCGCCAGCACUGAUGCCCCUCGAUCCUUCGGCACGCUGGCUGGCAUGGCCGCUGCUGGCAUGGCCAUUGGUGCAGCCGCAGGAGCUGCCGGCCGAUGGCAAAAGGGUGCCAGCCUGUUGGCUCGGCGUUCCCAUGCUGUGAAGAUCUACGACACCUGCAUUGGCUGCACUCUGUGCGUCCGUGCGUGCCCCACAGAUGUGCUGGAGAUGGUCCCGGCCACUAUCAACGCAGCCAAGCAGGUGGCUUCGUCCCCGCGAGUGGAGGACUGCGUGGGUUGCAAGCGCUGCGAGACGGCCUGCCCUACCGACUUCCUGAGCAUCCGCGACAACGAGGAGACGCAGUACAGCUUGGGCUUGGACUUGGUGGACUGGCUGCCCGGAAGUAGGCCCAGCCCGGCAUCGAUACGCUCAGCCAUGUCGCAGAUUGCCCUUUGCCUCGCAGCCGGAGCCGUCGCGCUCCUGGCUCGCUUCAGCCCUGCAGCCUUUGCUCCAGCAGGCUUCCAGGUGCAAUCUGGGCUGCAGCAGCCGGCGCAUGGUGCAGGGCUGAGCGCCAGCACUGAUGCCCCUCGAUCCUUCGGCACGCUGGCUGGCAUUGCCGCUGCUGGCAUGGCCAUUGGUGCAGCCGCAGGAGCUGCCGGCCGAUGCCAAAAGGGUGCCAGCCUGUUGGCUCGGCGUUCCCAUGCUGUGAAGAUCUACGACACCUGCAUUGGCUGCACUCUGUGCGUCCGUGCGUGCCCCACAGAUGUGCUGGAGAUGGUCCCGGCCACUAUCAACGCAGCCAAGCAGGUGGCUUCGUCCCCGCGAGUGGAGGACUGCGUGGGUUGCAAGCGCUGCGAGACGGCCUGCCCUACCGACUUCCUGAGCAUCCGCGUGUACCUGCAGGACAACGAGGAGACGCAGUACAGCUUGGGCUUGGACUUGGUGGAUUGGACAACGAGGAGACGCAGUACAGCUUGGGCUUGGACUUGGUGGAUUGGCGCAUACACGCCAAAGCACCGCGAGUUGCGAGAGACUUGUGCGAGGUUUGUGGACAACGACAUGUUGCCCUACGUAGAUGACUGGGAGGAGGCCGGAGGCUUUCCGAAAGAUCUCCAUCGACGUGCGUACCAGGCUGGUGUUUAUGGAGCUUUCUGGCCCGAGAAGUACGGCGGUACGUUUCCAACUGCUGAGGAGGCAGACAUGUUUCAUUACUUCAUCUUCUACGACGAAUUAGCGCGCCCGUGCGCCAGUGGCCUUUACGGCUCCCUGAUGACGCACAGCAUCUCGCUGCCACCGCUGCUGGAGCUCGGGUUGUUGUGUGCCUGUGCAGAGAACAGCCUGCUUAGUGACCAAGCAGAGCAGGAGCUCGGCUCCGAGAAGCAGAAGGAGGCUGUCGCCAGCUGCUUUGCCCAAGUUCAGCUGUGGUCUCACGCCGGACAAAUCAUCUCUGGUGAGAGCCCGGGUCGCAUUGCGAAUGCAGUUGGGUUCUGUGUGGGGAAGACCUGCUGCCUGGCCGUCACGGAACCGGGAGGUGGCUCCGACGUGGCCAAUGUACAGACUACAGCAGUCCUGGACGCCAGCGGAACGUACUAUGUGGUCAACGGCCAAAAGACUUUCAUCUCAGGGGGGAUGCAUGCCGACUACUUCACCACAGGGGUCCGCACCAGUGGCAAAGCCGGCAGCCAGGCGCCUUGCCGGCUUCGCGUGCAUCGUGAGAUGCUGCAGCUUGGGGCACUGAACACCCCUUCUUCAAGAGCCGACCUGGCAGGGCAUCUCCGUCUUGCUGGUGCCACGGCCAAGUGCUGGUCUGAAUACGACGCGCUUGAAGACGCAGGGAUGGCACCUCAGCUCCACGCUGCGUGGCUGGACAAGGGGACAUUGGUGACCUUUGACGAGGUCAAGGUGCCGGCAGAGAACUUGCUGGGGUUUGUGAUGGCGAUCUCUGCAGGUGAUGGUUUUCUGGCAAUCAUGCGGAACUUCAACAAUGAGAGGCUGGCUCUGGCGAUCAUCGCAAACCGCCAGGUGCGCAAGACCUUCGGCAAGCCGCUUUCGACGCAUCAGGUCAUCCGCCACAAGCUCAUGGAAUGUGGUCGCCACAUUAUGGCCACCAACGGCAUGAUCCUUUCCAUCUGUGCGCAGAAAGCCCGGCCUGCAGAUUCCUCGGAGCAGCUUGCAGGCGCCAUCGCCUUGGCAAAGGUUCAGGCGACGAAGAGCUUCGAGUUCGUGGCCCGUGAAUGCUCGCAGGUCUUCGGAGGCAAGUCUUACCUUCGGUCUGGGCCUGGCCGCAUCGUGGAGCGGGCCUACCGGGAGGCUCGGCCAGGGCCAAGAAGCCACAGCCUGGGGCCUCCGUUCUGUGGCUUUUUGAUUUUGAGGGUUGCAUGGUGA